AUGAUUGACAUUCAUUCAUUUCAUGAAGCUAUUGUUAAAUAUAAACAACGUCUUCGAGUAAAUAUGUUAGCUACACAUAAUAGUCCUUUAUCAACUUUAAUCCAUGAAGAAAACAAUCAUCAACGUUUCAAGAUCGAGAGACAAAGCACUAUUGAAAACUUGAACAAUCUACUGGCCUCUACUAGUCCAGCUACAGCUGAAUUUAUUGCUCGAUUUCGCUUGGAACAUGAACAUAAUCAUCAAGUUUACGCUGAUAUAAUUGAUGAAGAAACUGAUGAUGUAACAAUAAUUUAUCUUGGAGAAUUAGAAUGGAAAUUUUUGAAAAUUAAUUUUACAAAUAUUCUACAAUUUAUUCAAAAACAAACUCUAAUAUCUCGAUCAACAUUGUUAAAUUAUCAAUCACCAAUAUUUGAUGAUGAUUGUUUUGAAAUUAAUUCUAAUGGAAUAUCUGGUGAAUGGAAGAGAAAAAGUGAAUGUAUUUUUUGUGAGAAGUUAUUUGAAAAUGCCGAUGGAUAUAUUUUAUGGGAGUGUUUUAUACCAGUUGGAUUAGCACAAAUAAAUGUUAAUAAUAAAAUAAAUAAAGGUUUAGGUUAUGUAGAAAAAUUAACAAUGACAAUAAAACCUUGGCGAAUGCCCAUUGAUAUUUUAGGAUGGGGAAGAUUUUUAUAUGAAAAUCAAUAUAUUAUUUGGAUUCGUUGGAUUGGUAAAGAAGAAAAGUUUCUCAUUUUUCAUAAUGGAAUAAAAUAUUCUGAUGGAAUUAUUAAUGAUGAAAUGAUUGAAUUUGGAAAUUAUCGUUUAUUAUUAAUAGAAAAAUAUAUUUUACGAAAUGGAUUAUUAAGUGAAACAAUAUUUGAUAGAUUUAUUUGGAUUAAAAAGUUUUUUCCAUUGGAAUUUCUUGAUAUAAAUGAAUGUAAAUGGGAAACAUGGAGUGAAUUAUAUGAAAAGAAUUGUUUAAUUGCAAAAGGUUGGUCUAUUCAUGAAAAUGUUAAUUUUAAAUCAGAGAUAAAAAAUCAUUUUGGAAAAAUGUUUUAUGGAUUUUUGUUUACAAUUCUGAUUCCAUUAUUAUUAAUAUUUUGGUCAAAACAAACAGAAAAAUUAAUUGUUCUAUCAAUACCAACAACAAAUUCAAUUGUUGUUUCUUUAUUAAUUAAUUUUUUUGGAAUAAUUUUAAUAGUUUUUGCAAUGUUAGAAUUAUGGUUUCAAGGUGAUGGACUUCCAAUGAAUGCAUAUCCACCAUCCAAAUUAGUCAUGACAGGUGUCUAUAAAAUCUUUUCACAUCCAAUUUAUAUUGGAAGUUCAUUAAUAUGUUUUGGUUUAUCAAUGUAUUAUGAAUCUAAAAGUGGAUUUUGGUUUGUUUCUCCUUUAUUAACAUUAUCUUGGAUUUCACUUGUUUAUGGUUAUGAAAAUGAAGAUUUGAAACAACGAUUUAGACAAGAAUAUACUUGGAAAACAUUAUUAAAUAUACCAGAAAAUGUGAAAAUGAAAUGUGAAUAUGCAGAUAUCAUAUCGAUUUAUUGUUUAGUUUUUCUUCCUUGGUUCAUCUUCUAUGAAAUUCUUCUGUUUAUUGGACCACCUUCUUAUUCAAUAUCAACUUAUUUUAUAUUUGAAAAUAAUAUUCCAGUUAUUGAAUGGACAGAAUUAUUUUAUCUUUUGACUUAUCCUUAUGUUCUAUUUUUACCAUUCAUUUUAGAAACAAAACAACAAGUUCGUUGUUUUAUAAUUGAUAGUUUAAUGAAUACGAGUAUUGGAAUUUAUUUACAAUUUAUUUUACCAUUUGUUGCACCACCAAAACAAUUUAUUCCCAAAACAAUUUUAGGUGAAAUGUUAUUAUAUGAACGUUCUUUUGAUGGUCCAGGAUGUGCAUUUCCAUCAUUUCAUGUUUCUUGGGCAUUUCUAUCCGCAUAUUAUUAUUCAUGGAUUUAUUCGGAAUACAAUUUUAUAUUUUAUAUUUUAUCAGUUUUAAUAUCUCUCAGUUGUAUAACAACAGGAAUGCAUAGUAUUCUUGAUGUUGUCGGAGGUGGUAUACUAGGAUCAUUGAUUGUUUCAUGGUUUUAUAGUAUUCCUCUUAUUCGAAUAUUAUCAGCAUAUGCAUUAGCAAGUCCUUGGAUACAAGGUGUUGGUCGUUUUCGAUGUAUUAUUCAUGGAUGUUGUCAUGGUAGAUCAACAAACAAAUUUUUUGGAAUAUUAAUAACUAAUUCACAAUCACGAGUAUGUUCUUUAUCAAAAUUAAAAAAUGAAUAUAUUCAUAUAACACAAGGUUAUUCAAUACUAUCGAAUUUAAUUAUCGGGAUGUUGUUAUGGAGACUUUGGUAUUCAAAUAUUUCAUUAUAUGUGAUAAUUAGUCUUUAUUUUAUUUUAAUUGGACAAAGUCGAUUUAUUGAAGAAAGAUUUCGAGGUGAAAUUCAAACAAAAGUUUAUUGUAAACUAAAAAUUUGUCAAUGGUUAUCAAUUUUAUUUGUAUUAGUCGGUAUAUUUAUAAGUAUGAUUUCAUUUGAUAAUGAUACAAUACAGUUGAAUUUUAUGUGUAAAUAUGAAUAUUUGAUCCCUUCAAUAUUAUUUGGAUUUAUUGCAACAUUUGCAUUGGCCAUAGAUUUUCCUGAAUCAAAAAAGAGAUUUUCUCGAUUAUGUGAUUGA